GAGAUAAAAUGAAUAUCUUAUUAUUAUUAUUAUUAGUUUAUAUAAAAGUAAACAUUGUCUUCUCACAACCAAAUGAUCCACAACUUCGAAAACUUCUACAAUAUCAUAAUGAUCUUAGACGUAAUUUAACAGAAUGUAAAUUUGAAGGACAACCUCCAGCGAAAUAUCUGCCAGAUCUUAAAUGGGAUAAUGAACUAGCUUCAAAAGCUAAAGAUUUAGCAAAUGAAUGUUAUUUUCAUCAUAAUGAUGUGAAUUUACCGCAUAAAUGGGAAUAUGUUGGUCAAAAUAUAGCAGGAUAUCAAACAGUUGAACAAGCAUUCGAUGCAUGGAAAGAUGAAUAUAAACAGUAUAGUUAUUAUUCAAUGAGUUGUUAUGGUGUUUGUGGACAUUAUACUCAAUUAGUAUGGCAAAAUACUACUCAUGUUGGUUGUGGUAUUACAAAUUGUACUGGGAAUUAUGGAUUUCCAUAUGGAUUAUCAGUUGUCUGUAAUUAUGGCCCAGGAGGAAACUAUGAAGGUCGUUAUCCUUACGAAGCAAAAUCACAAGAUGAGUGUUAUGCUGUAACUACUAGACGUCCUAAACCUACUAGACGUCCAGUUACUACUAAACGUCCGAAAACUACUAGACGUCCAAGUACUACUAAACGUCCCAGAACUACUAGACGUCCUGAAACUACUAGACGUCCUGGAACCAUACCAACUCGUAAACCAGACAUAUCAAAACAAAUACCAAAACCAAACUGGCCUACACUUAUCAGUUCAUGGAGUGGAUUUGCCAAUUCAAAUAUGCUACAAGGAAUAAUAACAAAAACAUGUAUUUGUAUUCAGUGAAAACUAAAAAUUACCCAAAACAUUUAAUAUGUCACUGUUCUGUGUAUAACCAUGUUGUAUGUUUUAAAUGAAAAUAUAAACAUUAUUUAAAUAGAGACAA